AUGGCUUGCAUUUGUUUCGCAGUGAGUUGCAGAUAAACAAAAUCAAGCAGAAGCAGUUUCACUUGAUCCCAGACUCGUAACUCGGGAUCAAGAACUAGAAAGAGAGGGUUAUUAAGAAGAAAAAGAUGGGUGCGUGGUUGAGAAAUGCAAGGCCCUAUCUCCUGUUAUUGGCUGUUCAAUUUGGUUCUGCUGGCAUGUUCAUAUUCGCCAUGGAUGCUAUAAAGAAGGGUAUGAGCCAUUACGUCUUCAUUGUCUACCGUAAUGCCAUCGCCUCUGUUACUCUCGCUCCCUUCGCCUUUGUUCUUGAAAGGAAAGUAAGGCCCAAGAUGAGUUUCCGAGUAUUUUCAGAGAUUAUGGCACUGGCUUUCUUCGAAAUAAUACUGGAUCAGUGUUUCGCUCUAUUGGGCAUGAAAUUCACGUCUGCUUCUUUCUUAUCUGCUGUCAUGAACUCCGCUCCCUCUAUUACUUUUGUGAUGGCAGUCAUUCUAGGAAUGGAGCGCAUGAAAAUUAAGGAAGUAGCAUGUCAAGCCAAAGUGAUUGGAACCGUAGUAACAUUUGGAGGAACCUUGCUUAUGGCACUGUACAAAGGCCCCGUCCUUAGUUUCAUGAAAUCUUCGACCAGCCAUGUUAGCCAAACUGAGAACGUGAGCAACCCCACCGGAAACCAUUGGGUCAUAGGAACAGUGUUCCUCCUCAUUGGUUGUGCAGGUUUUUCUGCAUUUUACAUAUUACAGGCCAUAACAUUGAGAAAAUACCCAGCAGAGAUGUCGUUGGCCACUUGGGUUUGCUUUGUAGGAGCACUUCAAAGCUCUGUUGUUGCAAUCUUCGCAGAACGGCACCACCCUCAUGCUUGGUCCCUCGGUUGGGACACACGACUCUUUGCCCCUGCUUACGCGGGAAUAGUUACAUCAGGAGUUCAGUAUUACAUACAAGGCAUGGUGAUAAAAUCCAUGGGCCCGGUUAUUGUGACUGCUUUCAAUCCUCUGCGUAUGAUCAUUGUUACGGGCUUGGCCUGCAUCAUCCUAUCUGAGCAACUCUACCUUGGAAGUAUAAUUGGAGCAAUAGUUGUUGUGCUGGGGCUUUACCUUGUAGUGUGGGGAAAAGCUAAAGAACGCAGAGGUAUGACGCCACCAUCGCCUACAGAGGAUAACUUUCCCGAAGAUCAACGACAGCUACCGGUCUCAGCUCCAAGGAAUGAUAGUGAUGACAAUAAGGCUUAAGUAGUGCAUGGCCAUAAUAUAAAAGAAAAAGUGACGUGGAAGGCACAAUAUAAUGAGAUGA